AUGUCGCCACAGUCAGGAUAUUCAUCUACCUGCAAACCAAACCACGACAGUCGAAAGAAAACCCACCCCACUUGCCUCCAGGCAGUUUCGGCCCAGAGGUGGAAGGGAUACAUUCAUAGAGCCUCGGUCAUAUUUGCCUGGUUUAUUUCCCAAGCAGACUCGGUAACGGUCCUAUCGCAGCCUCCACCCCAGCGGUUCCAUCCCUCCGGACGCACAUUCUACCAAACAGUAGAGGAGCCUAUUAUUCAAGUUAUGCAUCUAACUAUGGGAGGAAAAGCCGAGGACUUUCGAUAUGAAAUAUGGCCCAGCGACAAGUCGCCCCUAUAG